AUGGACGUGGCAGCUUUUGGUGCAACAUGUUCUCCGUGUUCGGCCCUUUUCGUCAAAAACUUGAACGCGGAAGAGCAUGCCCAAGAGUUUCCUGCCGCCGCAGAUGCCAUAAUUCGGAAACAUUACGUGGACGAUUAUUUGGACAGCGCUGACAACGUGGAAGAAGCGGUGAAACUGGCGAAUGAGGUAAAACAUGUCCAUUCUCUCGGCGGAUUUCAUCUUCGGAAUUGGCUUUCGAACUCCAUGGAAGUUCUGGCACGGGUCGGGGAGACCGAUCAAGCCACGGAGAAGUCUCUCCAGCUGGACAAAAGCACUACCACGGAACGCGUACUAGGGAUGUAUUGGAAGCCCGACGAAGAUAUUUUCAUGUUCUCCACUAUCCCAGCGCUGAACACGAAACACCCUACCAAACGUCAGGCGCUACAUCUGUGGCGAGCCAAGACCGACUGGGACGAACUGAUUCCGGAAAAGCUGUGUGAGAAGUGGACGCGGUGGAUUGAGUUGUUUCGCAACUUGGAGGACAUUCGUAUUCCACGUUGUUACUUCCCGUACCAUUCGGUGAACGACAUUGUGUCACUGCAGCUGCACAUCUACGUAGACGCGAGCGAGGAAGCAUACGCGUGCGUUGGGUAUCUAAGAGCAGUAUUUCCUGAUGGAAUUGAAGUAGCGCUGGUAGGAGGGAAAUCGAAAGUAGCUCCGCUGAAGGCACAAUCUAUCCCGCGACUGGAGUUGAUGGCAGCGGUCAUCGGCGUUGGCUUCUCUCAAACAAUACUCAACGGCCACUCUUUGAAAAUUGAGAAAGUGUUCUUCUGGAGUGACUCGAAGACUGUGCUGGCCUGGAUUAACUCCGAUCAUCGCAACUAUAGGCAGUUUGUCGCCUGCAGGGUAGGAGAGAUUAUUUCGAAAUCGAAUCCAGAACCGUGGCGCUGGAUUUCUACCAAGAAGAACGUGGCGGACGAGGCUACAAAGUGGGGGAAAGGCCCCUGCCUGUCAUCCAAUAGUCGCUGGUUUCGUGGUGAAGAUGAUCUGUACCUCCCGGAAUAUCAGUGGAUAUCGAGCGUGCAGUCAUCAGCAGUGCAGACUAUCGAAGAGCUGAGAUCCUGUAUGGUGCAUUGCAAGGCGGUACAACUGGUGGCAUGGGAGCGGUUCUCAAGGUGGACAAGUCUGGUUCGAGCGGUAGGAUACGUCCAUCGAUACGCGCAGAACUUACGGCGGACGGCGAGCAAGGGAUCAAGGCAAACCGGCCCGCUUUCACAAGAAGAGUUGGCUAAGGCGGAAACAACCAUCUAUCGUUGGAUGCAGCGCGAACGUUAUGCAGAUGAAGUGACGGUGUUGUUACAGAACAAGGGCAAGCAGUUGCAGGAACAGCAGCGGUUGGAGAGGACCAGUGUCAUUCGCAAGCUAUCACCGUUUCUGGACGAAUCGUGCAUCAUCCGUUCAGAUAGUCGGAUCGCUGCGGCAACUUUCGUUGCGUACGACACCAGAUAUCCUAUAAUUUUACCCAAGGAGCAUUUUGGCACACGGCUGUUAGUUGACUGGUAUCACCGGAGGUACCUACAUGCAAACAGUGAGACAGUCGUAAAUGAGAUAAAACAGCGUUUCCACAUCUCACAGCUGAGGUCCCUCGUGCGGAAGGUAGCGAAAGAAUGCACACCGUGCAAGGUAAAAAAGCCGUCCAGUCCAGCCGGUACCUCGAAUGGCACCACUCCCUGCAGCUAG